AUGCCCACCAUUGCGGCUUGUGCCAGGAUCCUCGUUAGCGGCGUAAAGAAGACUUCGCUGCAGGUAGUAACGAACCGUACAUCACUGCAGCGGGGAAAAAACAAGGACUCCCUCCACCUUUCUUCUUCAUCUGCUUUCCGCUCUUCACUUCUCUUUUCAUUGGAGUCGUCUGCGUUUGCUUUGCCGUGUGUGGUGCACAUCUCCAGAGGGUUUCAUUCCUGCCUUACUCGCACCAAACGUCCUCUUGGCUUUCGGCUUUCGAUUAUUUCUCUCGUGCCUUGCGGUUGUUUUCCUGUACCGCCAGCAACCCCCAAAGUCGUCAUUAGCGUCGUGACAAGGUCCGUAUUCCAUUAUCCUCCUACUGGUGCCCGUCGACGCCAUGCUGAACUGGCGGCUCCCAUAGCAAUUGGUCCUGUCCCUUCCUCCAGUUGGAAAAAAACACGCAAGGACACUGCUCAGCUUCCAGUGCUGUUAAAGAGUAAAUACGAGUACCCCCUUCAGAGGUCCGAGGGUCCCCGAAUUGCACUUCCUUCUCCGUCCUCCGGCGUCAUCCCGAGCCCCGAUCUCCCAGACCUCGCUACGCUGCCCACACAGCGCGCUGCAACGCUGAUUCGAUAA